UUAAAUCUAAAAUGCCACCUCUACCGUAUAGAGGUCACAUGUCGUUGGCAGCUGAAAUGACGGCCACCUGAAAGACACCUAAGAUCAUACAUCCGUAUUAUCCUAAUAUUUCUCUAACUGAUUACCUCUUAUUACCAGUAUCUUCUUCCACAGACAAAAUAAAUAAUUCAAUUCAAUAAUGAUAUACGAAAGUAGAAAAUCACCCCUUACCUCUUCCAAAAUUUCCACGGCUCCCCUUUUUCACCGCCGUUGUUUGCUUAAAAGCUAAAGAAAAAAUCCACAGCACAAACUCAAUCCAAACUUUUUACUUCUUUUUUUUGUUUAAUUAUGAUUUUUCGAUUUUUAGUGCUGUGAUUCUUCUUUCAUGUAAGAAAUAUAUAUACAUGCAGAAAAACAGAAAAGCAGAGUGAGAGAUGGAGAGUUACAGCGUCGAUGUGGCGGCGAUAGCAUACAAGCUGAAGGACACAGCCAAUUGGUGGCGUGACAUUAACGGUUCACGGCUCUGGCAAGAUCGUAUUUUUCACAUUCUCGCCGCUCUUUACGGUCUCGUCGCCGCCGUUGCUCUCGUUCAAUUGAUUCGGAUUCAAAUGAGAGUUCCCGAGUAUGGUUGGACCACGCAGAAAGUCUUUCAUUUUCUAAAUUUUCUGGUGAAUGGGGUUCGCGCCUUAGUUUUUGUUUUCCGACGGAGUGUGCAGAAUUUACAUCCAGAGAUUGUUCAACAUAUCUUGCUUGACAUGCCGAGUCUAGCUUUCUUCACGACAUAUGCACUUUUGAUUUUGUUUUGGGCUGAAAUUUACUACCAGGCACGCGCUGUAUCAACUGAUGGAUUGAGGCCUAGUUUCUUUACAAUUAAUGCUGUGGUUUAUACUAUUCAGAUUGCAAUGUGGCUGAUAUUGUGGUGGAAAUAUAUCCCAGUUUUAGUCAUUCUAUCUAAAAUGUUCUUUGCAGGUGUUUCACUGUUUGCGGCACUUGGCUUUUUACUGUAUGGUGGAAGGCUUUUCUUAAUGUUGCAGCGGUUCCCUGUAGAGUCCAAAGGACGGCGUAAGAAGUUGCAAGAAGUUGGUUAUGUGACAACCAUAUGCUUCACAUGUUUCCUAGUCAGAUGCAUCAUGAUGUGCUUUAAUGCAUUUGACAAAGGUGCUGACCUUAAUGUUUUGAACCAUCCAAUUCUAAACUUAAUAUAUUACCUGUUGGUGGAGAUAUUACCUUCAUCCUUAGUCCUUUUCAUUUUGAGGAAGUUGCCACCAAAACGAGGUAUUACCCAGUAUCAUCCUAUACGCUGAAUGAUUGACAAAUUAUGAAGGAAUUAACGAUUUCAAAAACGGGUCAUCGUGCAACCUGCAAAAAAAGAGAGCAGAAAACAGCAAUAGGGGGAGUGGUAAAACCUGAUGGUUUUUGUUGUGUUUGUACUCAACGAGCUGCUCUUAGACCCUGGAUUCUAAACCUUUGGGUGUGGUCGAAGUAAGAAGGUUUGUAAAUUCUGAGGGAAAGAGAUUGUGGAACAUAUCAGUCUGUUUUGGUACCAUACAACAUGUAAAAGCAAAAACCCAAAAGAACCAAAAAGAAAAAAAAGAAGGGUUGAAUUUUCUUAAAUUUUACGGAAUGUUGUUCUUAACAUAGAUGAUUUCGUGUAUCAUGGUAAUAUUAAUGUCUGGGAUAAAUGUUUGUUGUGAAAUUUUAGACAUGGAUGUGUUUUGCUUCUAA